AUGCAAAAGCAUUCUCGGCGUCGAAAUGGCGCGUCACGAGAGACAGAGAUAAAAUGUCCAUUUUCGAGCAACUGUGAGAUCACGUCGGCCUCACGUCGGUUCUGCCAAGCCUGUCGUCUGCAGAAAUGCUUUAUGGCUGGCAUGAGCAGAUCAUGGUUGGUUGAUCAGAAACCUCGAGUGAACUCAAGAAAACGAGCAGCAACUACCGACGAUGGGAUAAGUCUUGGUAUUUAUGCGAAUUCACCUGAAGAGGUCAGUGUUUCCAAAGCCUACCUCAAUGAACUGAUCCGCAAGGCAAAGAGAUGUACCUGUGGCUUUUAUCCACCUGACACUCGUCUGACUGCCGUCGAAACUGGCAAGGAACAACAGUCACCCGUGGUGUAUUCGAACAACUCUAUCUCAUCCAUACAAGCUCAGUUUGUACCGCCUUCCCUUACGAAAACGGAUGAUCCUAUUUCUUCGCUACCGGGCCUAUUCUCCACCGACAACUGCCACAAAGCGGAUUUCGCUCGCUUGACGGCGUCGCAUCUUCGUAACCACGUCGACCUCUCAAAUGGUUUCUCGCCCUCUCAAAGUCUUCUGUGUCUUCCUGGUAUUGGCUCGAAUGUUAUGUUAUCGGCCUUCUCGACAGUGCAACCGUCCUACACGCCUUUGCAGUCACCGCUCUCACCGUCUUCGAUGGUAGCAUUCAGCCCUAUGAUGCCAUCUCUACAAGCGUCAGGAUGUCAAGAUGUCGUGACUUCAUCGGGCUCGAAAUGCGCUAAUCCCAUACAAGAAACAUUUGACGAGCGAAAAUACGCAAAACUUUCAGCGGAGGACUUGCACCUUGUCCAGGAGCUAAUAAGAGCUAAUGAGCCGCUGAAGGCUCCGCUUGAUUUCCAGUUCAAGGAGGAGUUGACGUUGAUGGAUGUCGUGAAAAUUAGCGAAGCAGGGCUGAAGAGGAUUGUAUGUAUGGCUAGGGACUUGGCGGCUUUCCAAGCUCUUGACAUAGAAGACAAGAAAAACAUUAUGAAAGGCAGCUGCAGUGAGCUGCUCAUCCUAAGAGGAGUAAUGGCAUUCGACCCAAGUAAGAACACUUGGAAUCACCACUUUUCAACGGGCUUCAAAGGGAUGGAAGUCAAAUUGGAUGUGCUAAAAUCUGUCACAGAAGCGCAGCAUUACGAGGAGCACAAGCGGUUCCUCACCGAAUUUCACCAACAAAUUCGAGCGAAUGAGUGCGUAAUGCUGUUACUGAUGGCUAUCGUCAUAUUUCGGCCAGACAGACCCAAUCUUCGAGACACUCAUCGCAUUCGAGAUAUCCAGUACACCUACUAUGGUGUGCUUAGAAGGGUUGUGGAAUGUGAGUAUACUAGCGGUGAAGCCGCACAGGUUUACGAGGCGCUCGUUCGCAAACUGGAGGAGCUGAAACAUCUGAAAGAGGGCCUGGUCCGGAUCUACUACGGAUUCGAUAGCCGUCAGUUGGAUCCGUUAAUUAAGGAACUGUUUGACAUGAUGUGA